UGAUCUGGAUCGUCGCCGGAAUUCCCCUCGUGUCCACGCCAUCGUUUCGGAAGAGACCCCCAAGGAGUCUAUUUCGAUCUCACUGCCAUGGCCUCCAAACCUCCAUCCGGCGCAUCUGCCAGAUCCUGGGAUGGCGUGAAGCCCCCUCUGUCGGAAUGGGUGCUGGAUGCCGUCGCCUCCAUGGGUUUCACUCGGAUGACCCCCGUGCAAGCCUCCGCAAUUCCUCUAUUUAUGGCGCAUAAGGAUGUUGUCGUGGAGGCAGUUACCGGAAGUGGGAAGACUCUAUCUUUCCUGAUUCCCGUGGUGGAGAAGCUCCUGCGUUUGGAGGAGCCCAUCAAGAAGCAUCAUGUCGGUGCUAUUGUUAUUUCUCCGACAAGAGAACUUGCGCUACAGAUCUACAAUGUCUUGAAGUCGUUACUGGCCUUCCACCCUCCAUCCGCCGCCGCCCUGAACCCUUCGGACGAUGAAAAUGCGCCGCGCAAGAAAGAAUCUUCGUCGACCCUCAAAGUCGUUCCACAACUUCUGCUCGGGGGUGGAACUACUCCCGCCGAGGACCUCAGCACCUUCUUGAAACAAUCGCCGAACUUGCUGGUGUCGACCCCGGGUCGUCUGUUGGAAUUGCUCUCCUCUCCUCACGUUCACUGCCCUCAAUCGUCGUUCGAGAUGCUUGUGUUGGACGAGGCAGACAGGCUUUUGGAUCUUGGUUUCAAAGAUACUUUGCAGAACAUCCUGCGUCGCCUACCCAAACAAAGACGUACGGGUCUGUUUAGUGCUAGUAUCAGUGAGGCAGUUGAUCAAAUUGUCCGAGUUGGUCUGCGCAACCCGGUCAAAGUAUUGGUUAAAGUGAAGGGGACUUCGGGUGUGCAGGAUAAGCGCACACCGGCCAGUCUACAAAUGACCUACCUUACCACUCCGCCAUUGCACAAAUUCUCCGCCCUCAAACACAUCCUCUCCACCGUCCAACCGACACCCCAAAAAACGAUCUUCUUCCUUUCGACUUGCUCAGGCGUCGACUAUCUCUCUGCGAUAUUCCCUCUGAUCCUGGGCGAGGAUUUCCAACUGAUCCCACUCCACGGAAAGCACCCCGCGAACGUUCGCGAGAAGAACUUCAACCGCUUCGUCAACUCCGUCACCCCAGCAAUCCUCCUCACCACCGACGUUGCAUCCCGUGGGCUGGACAUCCCCUCCGUUGACCUUGUCGUCCAAAUCGACCCUCCAUCCGACCCGAAGACCUUCAUCCAUCGUUGCGGCCGUGCCGGCCGUGCCGGCCGCAGGGGAAUCAGUGUCGUUAUGCUACACCCGGGACGCGAAGAAGAUUACGUCUCGUUCCUCGAGGUCCGCAAAACUCCCGUGACGCCGUUCCCCCAUCCCAUCUCCGUCUCCGACGCCGAGGCCACCGCCGAUAUCGACACGGCGCGCAAAGCGGUGCUGAAAGACCGCGCCCUGCAUGACCGAGGCCAGAAGGCUUUCGUCAGCUGGCUGAGAAGUUACAGCAAGCACCAAGCAGCUAGUAUUUUCCGUGUCGCGGACCUGGACUGGGAGGGGCUUGGUAAAGCGUGGGCGCUGCUCAAGUUGCCCAAGAUGCCUGAACUGAAGAAGUUCGAAGGCGAUAAGACCCUGGGCAUGGACAUGGACUGGGACACCUUCACAUACAAGGACAAGCAGCGCGAAAAGCGUCGCCAGGAAGUGAUCCGAGAAAACGCCGAGAAUCCCCAGGAGAACUCGACUAAGCGAAAGGCCAGCGAGAGCGUGGCAUGGAGCAACAAGGCUGACAGCAAGAACAAGAAGAUGAAGCGUCGCGAGCAGAAGCAUGCGCGACAGGAGAGGAACAGAUGGGAGAAGAUGACGGAAGAAGAGCGCCAGAAGGUCCGGGAGACAGAGGACAUGGUGGCCCAGAUCAAGGCGAAAAAUGACGAAGAACGCCGACUGAGACGGGAAGCAAAAGCUGGAGGAGGGGACAAGCCUGCUGGUGACGAGGAUGAAUUCGAAGGAUUUGAUGAUUGAGAGAAAAAUGCCUCAUGUGUUGUGAUCGAUGAUACCUACCUUCCUACCUGUACUCUACUUGAUAUCCCGAUUCUUCCUCAACCUGGCUUAUAAGAUUCUCUCUUGUAAAU